AUGAAGGAUCCUUCCAAAAAAAUGUUACCAAUUAAAUGUGUAAUAUUGGGUAAUGGAAAUGUGGGCAAGACCACACUAAUCGAAACCUAUUUGACCGGAAAAUAUAUGAAUCCAGCACUGUUCUCGUGUGGUCACUAUUUUACUAAGGUCCAAUGCAUGACAGGUGAAUUUCUGAAUAUCUGGCUGUGCGAUACAAAAGGUGCCGAGGACUUUGAUCGCAUAAAUCGUCUAAGAUAUCCGAACAUGGAUGUUUUCGUUAUAUGUUUUAGUGUAGAUCGUCCGGAUGACUUGUGUUAUGUUUAUCUAAAAUGGUUACCGGAAAUUCGUGAACACUGCCCAGCAUCGGUACCGAUUAUUUUGGUGGCAACUAAAGUGGAUCUGCGUAAUGCGAUACAAGAGACACAGCGACGAUGA